AUGCGGCUGCCAGCAGCGACGACGUCGACGAGCCUCUCCUACCAGUAUUACCCACUCACAACGGGCCGUCACUGUCCUAUCCUACUCAAGAACGGGAGGAAGCGAGCAGCCAUCCGCAAGUUCUUCCGUGGCAGUGGGCCCGUCACCUCAAACCAUGCGGCGCCGACUGCCAUCGCUGCUCUUGACGAGCUCCACACCUCGAAGAGCUACGAGACGCUGUACGAGCACCUGGCCGCGCGCGACGACGCCGCCGAGCUCCAUCUGGCGUGGCGCUUUGCCCGUGCUCACCACGACCUAGCCGACUCGUUGCCAGAGGCGGACAAGGGCCGCAAGGAGGCGCUGCUCCGCGCAGGCCUGGCGGUGGCGGAGGCGGCCCUCGCCCGCGCCGAGGAGGGCGACGCUGAGAGCGCCCUCUGCCACAAGGCGCCGAGACGGGACUGGGUUGGAAUCUUGCUCGGCGCUCUCGGCACCUACCUGCCGACUAAGGAGAAGGUGGCCAACUCGUUUCGCAUCCGCGACGCGCUGCAGACGGCGGCGGAGAUGCGGCCGGCGGACGGGUCCGUCCAGCUCGCGCUCGGCGAGUGGUGCUUCAAGGUGGCUGGCAUCGGUUGGGUCGAGGCGAACGCCGCGAAGCUGCUGUUUGGGCAGGCGCCCGAGUCGACGUACGCAGAGGCGCGCUCGAGACUCUAG